UUGACAGACCUGGACAUCUUCAGAUUGUAGGACAUACACUGCGAGAAAGGGACAGUAGCAGACAAUGGUAGAUAUAUUCGCCUUCAGUCCUACAACUGUGUUGCUGUGUGUGGCUGUGCCUGUUUUGUUAUGGAUGUUAACGCGGCGGCCCUCUGGUCUCCCUCCCGGCCCCCGUCUCCUGCCGUUUGUUGGGAAUAUCCUCUCCAUGGACGCGGAUCCCCGGAUUGCGUUUAAGAAACUCAGGCAACAAUAUGGGGACAUCUUCAGUGCGUACGUGUUUAACAAACCUCUCAUCGUCCUCAACGGCUACAGCACUCUGAGAGACGCCUUUGUCAAGAACACCGACGUUUUCUCUGACAGGCCACACUCAACGUUCAAUGACUACAUUGUAAAAGGGAAAGGCCUGACCGGGACUUCUGGGGCGCUCUGGCGAGAACAAAGACGCUUCGCCCUCAACACUCUCAGGGAGUUUGGAGCGGGCAGGAACAUCAUGGAGGACAAAAUACACGAAGAGGUCACGAACUUUGUCGAGGCUUUGGAGACAGAACGAGGACAAGGGUUUGACUGCAAACGUCUGGUGCAAAACGCAGUAUGCAAUGUCAUCUGUUCCACUAUGUUCAGCAAGCGAUUUGAAUAUACCGACCCGCUAUUUGUGAAAGCUUUGAAAGCUAUGGAUGAAUAUGUUGCCAACUUGGGUUCUUCUGGUCUGUUGAAUGUGCUGCCUAUUGUGCGAUUUCUACCAGGGGAUCCAUUCAAAUUUAAGAAGACUGUUCAGAGUAGCCAAACCAUGGUUUCACUUCUCAUAGAGCCUAUGAUAAAGGAGCAUUUGCUGACCCACGACGGUAACGUUGACGACUUCAUCCACGCCUACAUCAAGGAAAUGCGACAUCGGAAAGAAACGCAAGAGGAGACGACCUUAGACCUGGAGAACUUGGUCAUGGUUAUUGCAGACCUCUUUGCAGCCGGAACAGAAACCACAGCCACUAUCAUAGUUUGGACACUGGUCUAUUUAUUGCAUAAUCCGGAUGUACAGGAAAAGUGUUUUCAGGAGAUCAAAGGAAACAUUGGCCAGAGCAGAUUGCCCUCCAUGAAGGACAAGACCAACCUGCCCUACGUGGAGGCAACCAUUAUGGAAGUCUUGAGACGAGCUGAUAUCCUCCCCACAUCACUCCCUCAUACUGUUCCCCACGAUGUCCAGUUCGGGGGAUACACGUUCCCCAAAGGUGUCCCAGUCAUGAUGAUGCUUGAUUCAGUCCUACAAGACCCGGAUGUUUGGGGUGACCCAGACAACUUCCGGCCUGACCGUUUCCUUGACGACACUGGCAAGAUUGUAAAGAAAGAUGAGUUCAUUCCCUUCUCUCUGGGUCGAAGGGUGUGUCCUGGUGAGUCGAUGGCCCGGAUGGAGUUGUUCCUCUUCCUGACCACCAUGAUCCAGAGGUUCAAGUUUGUCCCGGUGGAUGGUCAGAUGCCUACCUUGGAUGCAAUCAUGGGCAUAACGUAUUCUCCAAAACCAUUCCUUGUAAAAGCCAUUCCUAGGAUGUAAUCAUUUUAUGUUAAUGAGAGAGUAGGAUGAGACAGAGAGAGAUAGAUUAAGAUAGGAGAUGGAGGGCGAGAAAGAGAGAGGUGACAGGGAGGAAAAGGAGAGAGAAAAAUAAUGAGAAAGACAUAUUCAGUCACUUGUGGCUAACACCAUAAAAUACAAACCAUAACACCUUAAACUUCUAAUCAUGUUACCACAUUGAAAUACUUAACGGAAACUGAGAUCAACUGAAAGAUAGAUGUAAGUAUACCAGAGAUCCCCAGAUAUGUUGGUCCAGACCGUGUAUAAAUUAUAUUACAUCCCUGAAUACUAUUCACAACUUACAUGCUUUUCUUGCAUUUUGAAACAUUCUUUUAACGUGAAGCAAGUCUAUGAGAGAAGAUUCAAAUGCACAUCUUUCUCGCAUAAGCGUUCUAGUGUGUAAAGGAAUGUCGCCGUCAGCAUGCUUAUCACAGGGUUUACUUGCGUGAUGAGACUCACACAAAGUUUGUAAAGCAGGUCGAUAAUCCAGGAACAUGAUACAUAUUUUACUCUUUACUUUUGAUUAAUUUCUCAUGAGUGUAAUUGUGAAUCGUUGUGGCAUUACUCAUCAAAUUCGUUUGAUUCUCAACCAUUUGGUAACUUUCUUCAUGGUAUGGACCUGGGGCGGCGGGGUAGCCUAGUGGUUAAAGCGUUGGCUUGUCACGCGGAAGACCCGGGUUCGAUUCCCCUAAUUGGUAUAGUGUGUGAAGCCCAUUUCUGGUGUCCCCCGCCAUGAUAUUGCUGAAUAUUGCUAAAAGCGGUAUAAAACCAUACUCACUCACUCAUGUCAUAGACGUAUCAUGUUAAAUUGUUUAUUUGGUUUUGUUGGUCAGAUUAAUAUUAUAUGUGUACUGUAUUAUUGGAGACUAACAAACACCAAAGCAACAUCACUAUUUUUGUACUUCUUUUUCUAUUUACUAAUUUGAGACCAAUGUAUUGUGAUAUGAGAUCAUGUGUUCGUACUGGGAGCUAUGCAAAUGUUUUCGUUGACCGUCCUUUGACUGAAGACAAGGCUGUAUUUGAAGUCUGAUUUUCAUUUUUCAUUGAUGAAAUGUGUGUUAAAAUAACUUCUAAUGGUACACAUGGUAUCCAAUUGUUAUCAUAUAAGUUUAGAUGUCAUCAUUAUUCAUAUUAAAGAAUCUGCUUCUGACACACAAUGAAUGUCAAAAAUGUUCUUCAAACUUAAGUAUUAAAGCAUGCGCAGAAGGUUUAAUAUGUGUAAUGUUAAUUGCCUAUAAAGAUGAAUCUAUGUCACCAUAUACUUUCUUUGAACUUUAGAUACCGAGAAACACGACUACUUCUAUUCUGUGGUUACUGAAGCAUUGGGACACCAACGUUAUUGCUCUUGAGAGAAGGUUCACUUAUUGUAUGGUUUAUGGAGAAUGUGGAAGAUGGUUGUUAUGUAAUUGAUCAUAUAUUUUGAAGAAUAACAUAUUACUAAUAGUAUAUAUUUAACAUGCAUUAGCUAAACGAGAUGACCUAACCAAAUUAAACAACGUGUUUUGUCUUA